AUGUCGCUCGCUCAGCUAGCGCAGCUGCUGCCACUUCCGAACGAGGAGCUGCAGCAAGUACUCGACUACGGCGCAUCGCUCCCAAAAGCUGAGGCGGCAUCCCACUUCAGUAACCUUCUCGGCAACAGCCCCCAAGCGGUUGAGUUCAUCGCCUCCUUCAACUCUCGUCGGAAGGAGAUUACCGCUGCCUCGAACUCAUCAGCGCCCGUAUCACAAACCGCAUCUGCAUCCGCGUCGGACAUUGACUCUGUCCCCAAGUCGAAACGUGGCCAGGCGAAGAAGAAAAAGCCUCCGAUUGGCCAGCUACCAGCACGUCAGCUCGAUUACACGGUGCCCGCCGGCAAGGCCUACAAUAAGAAAGAUGAGGAGCUCGAGUAUAUGCCUACAGUACCGCGCGCGAGCCUGCCAAACAGCAAACAUGCCUCUGGUUCUAGCACCCCAGCAGAGCAGACUCGAAGGGAGCGACCCUCUGCCGGCUUCCUGAUCUCGGAUCCCGUGUCAAAGUCAAAGCCAAAGUCUACGCCCACAUCGCGUAGCUCAACACCGAAACCGACAGCCAAAACGAGUACAAAGAUUACUAUAGCUGGCGGCACGCCUAUGGCGGGACAGUCUACGGCACUGGCAGAUUUAGAGUCCGCGAUACGAGCCCUGGAGAUUACGACAAACCCAACGUUGGAUAAUACAGAGGCAAGGAAGUGCAAUUGCGUUGCAACGAGACAUGCUCUCCAGGGCGCAGCACCCAAUUGUUUGACGUGCGGCAAGGUCAUUUGCAUGAAGGAGGGUCUCGGGCCAUGUACAUUCUGUGGAACGCCUCUGCUCAAGCCGGCCGAGGUGCAGGCUAUGAUGAGAGAACUUCGAGAGGAGCGAGGCCGCGAGCUCAUGGCUGUAGACGCCAAAGCAAAUCGUCGAGCAGACGUUGCCAAGACCCCAGCGCCCUUUACAAAGCCUCGCGGGAACGAAAGCCCGGUAAACGAAGCUGAAGCGAAGGCACGUGAGCACCGGGACAAGCUGCUCAAUUUCCAGGCCCAAAACGCUCGGAGAACCACGGUACGCGACGAGGCAAGCGAUUUUGAUGUCAGCGGAGCAAUGGCUGGGACAGGUGGGAGCAUGUGGGCCACUCCCGAGGACAGGGCCAAAGAGCUGAAGCGACAGCAAAAGCUGAUGCGCGAAAUGGAGUGGAAUGCCAAACCAGACUACGAAAAGAGGCAGCAGAUUGUGAGUAUUGAUCUCAAGGGUCGGAAGGUGACGCGUAAGAUGGCUGCGAUAGAACGCCCACAAACCCCGGAAAGCGACGAAGAAAACGACGAGAUGGAGGACCACAAUGGGCCCGAGCCGACAGCCAACAAGGGCAGACUUGGAGGUGGCGCCUUCAGUGGCAAUCCCUUGCUAGGUGCACUUAUCAAGCCAGUGUUCAAUGCCAAGGGCAAAGGGCCGGAACUUGAGGGGAGGAGACCACGCCAGGCGGGCUGGCGGCGGGUUCAAGAUGACCUGGACAACAACGAAGAUGUCAUACUAGACGGCGGGGUGCGCGGGCACACAGGAGUGGGCGAUGAGCCAGAGUGUGGAUAG